AUGGCUUUCCUCGUCUCAAUGGGAGGUUUCGUCUUUGGUUACGAUACCGGCACUAUCUCUGGUAUCUUGAACAUGGAUGACUUUUUGCGACGUUUCGGUCAGCCAGACCCUCAUACUUCCAAAUAUUACUUUACCAAUGUUCGCAAGGGUCUUAUUGUUGGUCUGCUCUCAAUUGGUUGUCUUGUUGGCGCACUUGUUGCGGCUCCUAUUGCAGACCGUAUUGGACGAAAAUUCACCAUUACCUUUUGGUCUCUCAUUUACUGUGUGUCUCUGAUUGUUCAGAUCAGCGCCACCGAGAAAUGGUACCAAGUCGCUAUUGGCCGUCUCGUUGGCGGUAGUGGUAUUGGUGCCCUUUCUGUCUUGGUCCCCAUGUACAUGAGUGAAACCUCUCCUCGUCAAAUUCGUGGUGCUCUUGUCUGUGCCUUCCAAUUGUUCAUCACUUUUGGUAUCCUCAUUGGUAACCUCGUCGUCUUUGGUACCCAUAAGAAACAGAACGCAAAUUGCUGGCGCAUUCCGAUCGGUAUUGGCUUCGUCUGGCCUGCUCUUUUGGGCGGUGGCAUUGUCUUCCUCCCCGAUUCGCCUCGUUUCGCUUACCGUGCUGGCAAGACUGAGAUUGCACGGAAAACUAUGAGCCGGUUCUAUGGUGUCCCUGAGAACCACGAAAUCAUUCACCUUGAGAUCGAGGAGAUGCGCGAGAAGCUCGAGGCAGAGACUGUUGUGGGCGAGCACCCGUGGUACGAGAUUUUCACUGGGCCAAGAAUGGCAUACAGAACGCUCCUGGGUGUGGCUCUUCAGGCUCUGCAACAGUUGACUGGUGCCAACUUCUUCUUCUACUAUGGCAACACCGUCUUCCAAGCUACUGGUCUCAGUGACAGCUAUGAAACUCAGAUCAUUUUGGGCGUCGUCAACUUUGCCAUGACCUUUGUCGGACUCUGGGUUGUUGAGACUUUUGGACGCAGAAAAUGCCUGAUCUAUGGCGCCCUGUGGAUGUUCGUCUGCUUCAUGAUCUUCGCAUCAGUCGGCCAUUACUCUCUCGACCAAAAUAAUCCAACAAUGACCCCCAAGGCUGGCGCUGCCAUGAUUUGUUUUGCCUGCUUCUUUAUCUGUGGUUUUGCCACAACCUGGGGUUGCAUCGUUUGGGGUGUCGUUGGAGAGCUCUACCCCUCGCGCUACCGUGCCCUCUGCAUGGGUCUCGCCACCUGCGGCAACUGGAUCUUCGUCUUCCUCAUUGGUUUCUUCACUCCCUUCAUCACCGAAGCGAUCGAGUACCGCUACGGCUACAUUUUCGCUGCCUGCUGCUUUGCCGCUGCUUUUGUCGUCUACUUCUUCGUCUGUGAAAGCAAGGGCAGGAGUUUGGAGGAGAUCGACACCAUGUACAUUAUGCGCGUUCGCCCCUGGCAGAGCGAGAACUGGACUCCUCCAGUCAAUGAGGAUCUCAAAAAAAUCUACAAAUUUUACUAG